AAACAAUACUUUUUAUUCCUAGACUCACAUUCACUCAAUAAAAUCCUAAAUCACCCUAAAUCAGUCGUCUUCAUCAAGAAACCCUAAAUUACAAUUACCUCAUGUUGACACCGUCGUUACCACCACCGCUGUCCACUACGCUGCUUCGCCUUCUUCCCAAACUACUAUCGUACCAACAACAUCUCUUCUAUCUCUCUCCUUACACGCUUCCAUCUUCGGUAUCCCUAUGUGACCAUAACCCUUCUUACGCAUCUGUUACCACCACCAUCCUGACGUCAUCGUUACAUCCUCCGGAAACCCUACCUCCUCUUCUCGAUCUCACAAUCUCCUUGAAAUUGAAAUCCAUUCAAUCUGCUAAUAUUUUAUGUAUUUAAUGUGUUCUUUUCUUAUUAGAUUUUGGCUCCAUCCUUCCCCUGGCGUUUUUCUGUUGAAUGAAGGGAUAUCAAGUUUAAAGACACGAGAAGGGUUAAACAUCAUUUAAGGCUCCAGUACUGAAACAAUAAGAAAUAUACUUGAAGACAAGCUUUUGUGUUUGGUAUAUUUCUCCAUGGCAUUGGAAUAUCUUGCAGUAGGAAGGACAAGGGUUGGCAAAAACCAAGUUGAAAGUGGACAUACGAUGCUGGUAUAUGCGACGAAAACUUGGAUCGGUGAUAAUGAGCCCAGAUACAUCUAAAGAUGGUGCCAGCUGUUGACCAACAGUUCAAUGAAAUGACAACUCUUAUAGAUGAUGAAAGUGAAACACGGAGGAAACUGAUUACAUCAUUACAUGUCUGCAAACUUUCCACUUCAGCAUCCAUGCAACCUCUGUUUUUUAAAGAUUUGAUUGGGGUUCACGGCAGAGACUACUUGUAGUAUCUUAGAAAAAACAACAGACUUUAAAACUCCGUCCAUGAUCAAAGUCAACAAGUCAACUCACCCUCGUCGUAUCGUACCAAAAUACUAUAAAAACCCCCAAUCACUCCCACAAUGAACGCUAACCCUUGAUUUCCACAUCCUUACCAAAUCCCCUAAAUCCCAACCCUCGAUUUCCAAAAUGUCUUCGUCAACAACUGAAUCCAGAAUCGCCAUGGCCAAAACAGUCGUCUCCACUAUCGGUUCUGUCGCCGCGGCGGCAAUGGUGGUUCGCAGCGUCGCACGCGAUUACUUACCUCCUGAAUUCCAAGACUACCUCCAUUUGGGGUUCCGAAAUUUCAUCAACAAAUUCUCCACACAGAUAACCAUGGUGAUCUACGAAUUCGACGGGUUUGCAAAAAAUGAAAUCUACAAGGCCACAGAGCUUUACCUUUCCUCCCGAAUUUCUCCUCAGAUCCACCGUAUGAAGCUCACCAAGCGCGCUAACGAGAAAGACAUUAAGGUCGCCAUGGAAACCAACGAAGAGUUCACUGAUAUCUACAACGGAGUCAAAUUCAAGUGGUGUUUGGUGUCUAAUAAGGCGCCGACGAGAGAACAUUACCAGAACGAUGGUAUGAACAGAUCUACCGGAUCCGAUGUUCGAAUGCUUGAACUCACCUUUCAUCGGAAACACAAGGAUCUAGCUUUGAAGGAUUACCUCCCGUUUAUAAUUAAUGACUCGAAAACAAGGAAACAAGAAGAGAAAAGCGUGAAAAUAUUCACUGUAGAUACGAUGAUGGUGCGUUCCGGCUGUCCGUCGAUGUGGGCGCCGGUGAAUCUAGAUCAUCCGGCGAAUUUUACGACGCUGGCUAUGGAAACAGAUGUUAAGGAGAAGGUGAUGAAGGAUUUAGAUAGGUUUAUAGAGAGAAGAGAAUAUUAUCGGAAAGUCGGAAAAGCAUGGAAGAGAGGCUACCUGUUGUAUGGUCCGCCGGGUACCGGAAAAUCAAGCUUGAUCGCUGCCAUGGCCAAUUACUUGAAUUUUGACAUCUAUGACUUGGAGUUGACUGAUGUAAGGUCAAACUCGGAGCUCCGGAAGUUGUUGGUGUCCACUGCUAAUCGGUCGAUACUGGUGGUGGAGGACAUCGAUUGCUCGGUGGAAUUGCACGAUCGUGUGACUGCAGAACCACCGAGAUCUACUCGACGAAAUCAAGGAUGGGGUUACCAUGACGAACGCAAGGUAACAUUGUCUGGAUUUCUUAAUUUUAUUGAUGGAUUGUGGUCGAGUUGUGGUGACGAAAGGAUAAUUAUAUUUACCACAAACAGAAAAGACAAACUUGACCCUGCACUCCUUCGUCCCGGUCGUAUGGACGUUCACAUCAACAUGUCAUACUGCACUCCAUGUGGGUUUCGGCUACUCGCCUCUAACUACCUUGGGAUCAGUGAACACAAUCUUUUUGAAGAAAUCGAAGAUUUAAUUGUUAAGGUAGAGAUCACUCCGGCUGAAGUGGCAGAGCAACUAUUGAAGGAUAGUGAUCCUGACAUUGCUCUUGGUGGCCUUAUUGAUUUUUUCGAUGUGAAGUAUAAGGAGAACGAAGAGGCAAAAGCAAAGGCAAAGGAAGAAGAAUGUGCGAACAUUAAGGUAGAGGAAGAAGAAAAAGAAGAAUCGGUUGCAAAAGAGAAUGGCAAGAAGAAACAAAUUGAUAUGAAUGGAACUGAUUAGUAUCAGUAUUCACAAUUAGAAAACUCAUCAGGGGAUGGAUUUAGCUAUACACCUACCCGUCACUAAAAAUGUAGAACUAGCAAUGGAUUGUCGACCUAGGAGGGAAUGAAAAUAUGACAACAAAUUAGCAACAGAAAGGGUCCCUCUGCAAUUGUUGUUUUUAUUGUCGUACAUGAUGUUGUGAAUGUGUAAUUGUGUAUUUAUUAUACCAAGAGCUGUAGACAAAUAAGACGGGCUUAGUUCGAGAA